AUGAGCGAGGGCGAUCUGAGGGAUGACAACAGCCCAAAUCAGGCAAUAAUCUGUCUCCAACCACGAGCUGAAGUUGAUCUUUUCUCCAUCCACCUUCUCGGACAGUGUUCCAUCCGAUUUUCUAAUGAAAUCACUUUCAAAGAGAUGAAACUUAAUUGCCUUCAGCUUUGUGCCACCAUCCCCUCCUUCCCACAGCUUGAGGAACUCAACGGGAAGAAGAAGUUGGAAGGACUCACACUCGUCUUAUCGAUAACUUCGAACGGCAAAAUCAGUGCUACUAUUGAUCUCCCCGAGUCCUUCAAAUUGCAACUUUCGGAUACUGCAUACCUCCACAGCUUAGGUACUACUAUCGCCAUCAAGUCGUCUACGGGGCCAGAGUUGAACAUCCACGCAACAUUGACUUUGGCCUUCAAAGACUCAGAUCCCAUUUCGGUGGAGGGAGUCAUUGAGAAUUGCAAGUUUGUUGACAUGCUAAAAAUGUCUGAUGAUUCUAAAUGGGUGAAUCCAUUUUAUCUGAACAAGAAUAUGGUCUUUUCUCAGCUCGGGUUCGGAACAGGCUUUACAUAUGCGACUGUUCUCGUUACUGGACCAGAUGAAAUUGUUCUCCGAGGACAAGUCGAUAUUGGAAAGUUCCGUGCGAAGCUCGACAUGGGUCUACGUCUUACCAGCGCCGAGGCAGUCUUCCAACUUGAGAUGAACAAGCUUGAUGCCAUGGAAAUUAUCCAGCUCGCUGGCGUCCUCAUUGAUAACCAAGCAAUGCAGCAGAUGAAAGGUGCGGAGGACAAGCUAGUCUUCAAGGACCUUAAGCUAUAUGUCUCACCUGGUGCUGAGUUUUUGGGUCGCUAUUACGAUCGUGGUAUUCAGGUGCAAGGCAAGAUGUGGUGCUUUGGGAAGAAAGGAGAGUUCGACGGUAGAUUUGAUGAAAAUGGCGUUGUUAUCAAAGCCGGCAUUGACAAUUUCAAGGUCGGCGGUCUUAAGAUUACAUCUACGCGAGAAGGCGUUGAUAGGGCAAUGAUGGAUAUUGAGAUGACCAAAGACAGGCAGAAGUUGUUCAUUGACGACAGUAUCCGAUACUACAGCCUCGAGAUCAGCGUGUUUCUUGACCUUGACAUCCAAGAGCAGUACCUCAAAGUUGAUAUCAAGAUCAAGCUGACCGAGAGCUUGCUGUUGAGCCUCAAAGCUGAUGUCUUGGUAAAGAAUCACAAUUCUCUUGAAGGGGCCGAGAUGAGCUUCGAGGCAAUCUUGGAGACUGGCAUCUUAGGUGUUAACUUGCAAGGCAUCACGGACGGUAUUCAUAUUCACGCACUGCAUAAACUAGCCGACAAGGCCAUCGACGAUGCACGGAGCGACUUGACCACAAAACUCGCCCAGAAGAAAGCUGCCUUGAAAGCAAUGAAGAGUGAGCUGGAUAAGCUAGAAAAGAAGUGCACUGCAGAAGUCUUGAAGAAGCGGGAUGAGAUUGAUAAAGAGAACGAGUUAUUGAGGGGACUUCAUGAUGAGUUCGAUAAGUACGCAGAGGCUUACCGAGAAGCAAAGGAGGCCAAGGAGAGAAAUGAGAAGGAGAUUGAAAAGCAGCGAAAUUCGAGAGAUGAGGCAAGAAGGCGGCUUGGCACCAAGAAGACAGAGAUGAAGAAGAAGUAUGAUGAUGAGAUUAGGAAAGAAAAGGCGAAAAGGGAUGCUAUGGAGAGAGAGAAGAAGAGAUUGAUAGAUAGCCGAGACGCGAGUUGGGGAGAUGCAUUGAGAAGCUACAGGGAGGCGGACAGAAGUUGGCAAUGGUGGGGUCGUAAGUACUCGACCUUUGAGCCGCCGACAAACUCUGACCUUGACAGGACUCGAAAAAACGCGGUCGCCAAGCUCACAGAAGCCACGCUAGGUCUCGAAGAAGCGCAUGCUCGAGAAGCAAUCGACGCAGAACUCCGACACGCGGGAAAAGCCAUAAUGGACCUUCCAGCCUUCCGGAGCAUCGAAGUGGCGAUCAACGAAGCAGCCAGAAAGAUCGACCAGUUUGGAAGAGCGCUCGAUGGUCUCGUCAACAGAGGACUCGCGGCCUGGAUCGAGGAGAUGUUAAAGGAUGAGAGAGAAGAUCUGAAUCGUCAAAUCAGACUGCUCGAAGCAUUGCUGAGGAAGAGCGAGAAACCCGAGGCUGCUUACAAGCAAGCGAAGAAGGAUCUUGACAAGACUGAGGAGAGGCUCUCACCGAAACAAGAAGCUGCGAGGAAGAGGAUUGCUGAGAUUGAGGGAGAGAUCAAGAUGUUGCCUGCGCAACAUGAAUACAUGAACAAGAAGAAGGAUUACGAAAACAUGGAGAUACAAGUCAACCAUCCCAUCGCAACGCUGGAUGAUAUUAAGAGGGUCAUGGAGGAGGUGUCGCAGAUCAGCAAGGAUGCUCUGAAUACCUUGAAGAAGGGUAUUCCGCGUGUCACAAAGAUAAUCGUCAGGGUAAGUAACAGCACCUUUGCGGAUGAUAAGCCUUUGAUGUUUGAGAUUCAAGCCGUGUGGAUGGAUAUACAUGAGACGUUCCGUGUUGAGUGGGCGCCGAAUCAGGGCAUUUCGGUUCUUUACUCUCAGGCUGCUGAGAAGUUGGCGACUUGGGGGCAUGAGGGCGAACCUCCUGCUCUCCCUGAGCCUGAGCCUGAGCCUCAAGAUCCAGAUCAUAAAGCGAAGAUCCAUCUAAUUCACCGCGGCGCGAAUAACGACGCAGAUUGGCCAUACUGGAGCACCUUUGCUGGCCAGACCUGGAGCAAGGAUUACAAGGUUUGGUCUUUUGGACUACAUAUCAGCGAUGGUUUCUGCCUAGCUUCAUUCCAGAAGAAGCUUUUCAUUUUCCAUCUUAACCCCCAAAACCAUAAGUCACAAGUGUUUUACGAAUCAUGCGCAUCAGGAGCAUGGAAAAGAGGAGCUGCCACGACUAUUCCAAAAACCGUAACCUCACCAGGGAUAUGUGCCGUCACCUUCCAAGGCAAACUCUACCUCUUCCACCAUGUAAUUCCCCAAAAGAAACUUCGAUACAAUGUCUUCAACGGUCGAACAUGGGAGGGCGACACUGAUAUCCACAUCGACGACGUCACCGUGGGCUUUACCGCUGUUGUAUUCAACGACAAGCUAUACCUGUUCUAUCUCCCUAGAUACGGCUUCAGCUCCCACAGGUAUGCUUAUGUUGCCUUCGACGGAAGGCGCUGUGAAAAGGCACAUACCCUUGCUCGAUAUGCGACAUCCGGUGUUACGGCAGCGGUUUAUCAGAACAAGCUGUAUCUGAUGCAUAGAGGAUACGGCGAGACUGACGUUAAGAAACUGUGGUAUAAUGCCUUUGAUGGGAAGCGUUGGAUAACGCUUUCUAAGAAGACCGGCGCCAUGCUCAUACCGGACUGCGAUGAUAUCCAGGGGGAUAUUUGUUCUGUUGUUUAUGAGGCUAAAAUGUACGUGUUUUAUAAGAAGUUGAGUAACUCGGGCGUGUAUAGACAUGUAGUCGAUGGGAAUAAGUGGGUUGCGGAACAGGUUGAGGGGGUUCAGACUGUGAAAGGAGUGGCUAGUGUUGUUCAUUAG